GAGACAUGUCACUUUGAAUUAAAGUUAUAACCUUAGGGGUUUUUGGUGAUGUAUUUAUGGUAUUCACCUGAACAAAAGGUAGCAGAAAGUGUGUAAAUGAUGAUCAAAGUUUCCACUUUCUUACUUUGCUCUGACUCAUUUUCCUGGCAGCAGUCCGGAGGCGUUCAUCUUUAGUGUUACUGAGCUGAAACCAUGACACUGCGUGGCGGUAACGUGUCUGAGUUGAUCUCUCACACUGUCAGGGCCAUUACCACUCUGGAAUCCAACCCCUGGCCUCCGCCAGAACUUGAGCAAAGCAACACCACCAACUUGGCUUGUCAGGGGGGCGACGUGGCCCGUAACGGCAUGGAAACGCAGCUGGGGAACUGGUCCCGCCUCAACGGUGGGGUAGUUUAUGGCUCUCCUCAGUGUCCGGCUUCAGAGAUGCCGAAGAACUGGGCAGCUCUGCUGAUUUUAGCCGUCAUCGCCGUCACCGUCAUGGGAAACAUCCUGGUGAUCCUGGCUGUCUCCCUGGAGAAGAAGCUGCAGAACGCCACAAACUAUUUCUUGAUGUCACUGGCAGUGGCAGACAUGCUCUUAGGCAUCUUGGUUAUGCCGGUUUCCAUGGUGACCAUCCUCUACGAUUACCGGUGGCCCUUGCCCUCUGACCUUUGCCCCAUCUGGAUAUACCUGGAUGUCCUGUUCUCCACAGCAUCCAUCAUGCACCUCUGUGCCAUCUCUCUGGAUCGAUACAUCGCAAUACGAAACCCGAUCCACCACAGUCGCUUCAAUUCCCACACAAAAGCACGUGUUAAGAUCAUGGCAGUGUGGACGAUCUCAGUGGGGAUCUCGAUGCCAAUUCCUGUGUUGGGGCUCAGGGACCACUCCAAGGUCUUUAAAAAUGACAGCUGCUUGUUGACAGAUGACAACUUUGUACUGGUGGGCUCCUUUGUGGCCUUCUUCAUUCCUCUCACUAUCAUGAUUGUCACCUACUUCCUGACCAUCAGCGCCCUGCAGAAUGAAGCUACGCUCUGCUUGGAUCAGCUGGUCCCCAGGCCCAAAUGGAGCACCACGUUUACCUUGAGCUUUUUACCGCAAAGCUCCUUGUCCUCUGAAAAACUCUUCAGGCGCUCCAUCAGCCGGGAGGUCGGAGGAAGAGGAAGCAGCAGUGGCCUGGGCGGUGCCCGCGGGAGCGUCUCAGGGUCACUGUUUGGGCGCCGCACCAUGCAGUCCAUCAGUAAUGAGCAGAAGGCAUCCAAGGUCCUUGGGGUGGUGUUUUUCCUCUUUGUGGUCAUGUGGUGUCCGUUUUUUAUCACCAAUGUGUUAGUGGUGGUAUGCGACCCAGCUGUGUGCGACGCAGGAGUCAUGGGAGGUCUGCUGAACAUUUUUGUUUGGGUUGGAUACUUGUCCUCUGCAGUUAAUCCGCUGGUUUACACACUGUUCAAUAAAACAUACCGUGCAGCAUUCCAGCGCUACAUUCGCUGCCAGUAUCAACCAGAGAAGAAGCCUCUUCAGCUCAUACUGGUUAACACCAUUCCACCACUGGCCUACAACUCCACCCAGCUACCACUAGGCGAUGUCAAGAAGUUACGGAACGGAGCAGCACACUGUGAUAGCGAAGUGAAGGAAUUCACGUUACCUGGAAAGGAAAUGGGGAAGUGUAGACAUGGCCCAAGUCGAGGAGACAAGGAUGAGAGCUGUGUGUGAAAACAAAUACCUGGUUAAAGGUCAAAUCCAGUGCAAAUCAUGGCUCAGAUAAAACUUGAUGUCACAAUGUCUUUCUAGAAAGAGAGGUUUGAUAUUUAAAGUACCAAAGACAAAGUGCCUCCCAGUCCAGAUUUAAAAAUACCCCCACAAGUUCUUUAAAGGAUUAAAAUCAUAGUUUUUUGUCACACUGUCCUUUCAAAGCAUUCCACGCUCACUUCCAUUUCACAUAUUGUCAAACAUCUUGUGGUCAAAGCAAGAGAAGAAAAUGGACUUUCCAUAAGACACAGUUAGACACCUGGCCAAAACAAAAAGUGACAGGAUUUACUUAUCUGAGUACAGCUCGCCAGACAAAAAGAGUACAAAAGAGCACAGAUUGUUCAUAUAAUUUCAUUUCCCUGGAUACUAGGCUGAUGUGAGCCCAGCAAUCUUUUAUCCAGCCAGCUUCCUGGCAUCAACCAGGUGGCCUCUACCUCCCAUUAUACUGCUCCUUUGGGUGGCUCAGUGGGGAUUAGACUGGAUUUUCGGCCACCUAAUCAGACAAUGGUGUCAGGGAGGGAGAACCUGGCAAACCUGAACUCCAGACACUCACAAAGUCAGGUGAGCUGCCAAAAAAUGGAAGAAAAACCUCAAACAGCCUCUAACGCAGUGAGGAAAUAACAAUGAGGCAGAUGUGAAUAUGUAAGGGAAAUUAAAGAUAUCGUAAAUAAAUCUAUAUUUGUAUUUUGUGAAAAUCUAUGUGAAUAAAUGUAUAUGACUGUUUAGGUUACAGAGAUUUUAAUGACAAAAGGAAAAAUAUUGUAGCUAAUAUGAUAUGCAGUAUAAAGGCAGGUUAUAAUGGAAGGAAAAAAACAGGAUUUAAAUGUAGUUGUAUUCUUUGUAAACGUCACAGUUUAUAUUGUGUUCUUGCCAAACGUAUCAUUGCACAUUGCCGCUGUUGUUUCAGUCUUUACACAUUGUGUCAAAUGCUCUGGUAGGUGGUGGACACGUGUUUAAAUAUUAUUUUGUUUUGUUGCUUUUUUUUGUUUUGUUUUGUUUGUUUUUGUUUUGUUUUUUUUUUCAAAUCUAAGGAUGUGGGGCUGCUGUGGAAGACUAAUGCAGGAAUCAUAAAUGCAGGACAGGUUUAUUGAGCAGUGCAUAAAGGCAUAAAGGGAAGCAUGUAUCAAGGAUUUAU